UGCGAAACCAACCAGUCGGCAUGGCCGAGGCGGAUCCGAUGGGCUACGUCGUGACGACGGUCAUGAGCGAGUCGAUCACAUACCUCUUCGCGCACACGGACCUCCUCGAAGAGUUUCGGAUGGCGCUUGUGCCCGGCGCGCUCUCCGACACCUCGGCGGCGACGCUGCGAUCCUUCUUUGCGCGCGACGCAUCAGUCGCGGAGCUCUUCUCGCUGCUCUUUCAGGAGCCGCCGCUCCCGUCGCAUCGCAGUGGCACGCCAAACUACGUCGAGUGCGCGAAUUUGUACUACGUCCAGUACCUCAUGACGACGCCGCCGUUCGCGCCGGGCAUCCUCGCGAGCUUCUUGGCGCCCGACGAGAACUGCCUUGCACGCGCAGCUCUGCUGCGUCACCUUGUAGCGUACAAGCCAUUGAGUGCGAUGAACGCCGAGGCUCUGAGCCGCGUCCUCACAGCGCUUUUUACAAAAGCCACGAUCCCGACCUUUUUCGCACUCUAUGGCAUCGACGCGCCAGCUGUCUUUGAAGGGCUGCUCUUCCAGGCCGGGCGCGAGUGCAUCAAGGAGCUCGUGCUCCGGAUCUGCGACGAGCUGCAGCCGACACCGCUGAGCGCGUGGGCGUCGGUACCAUACCGGCUAUUGCACCAGAUCUUUCCCUUCUCGACGACGCUGCCGACACGUGGGCAGCUCCCGAAGCACGUCAGCACCGACGCCGACUACCGGUUUCCGCUCAUGAUCUACACGUGUGAUUUCAUCACCGACCUCAUUCAGGAGCAACGACCGCACUCGGUCGGGCUCCUCCUCAUCGAAACGCUUAUGACCGAGAGCGACUGCGCGAUCGCGCUCGUCGACGGCGUCCUCAACGACCUACGCACGCUUCCAACGCGCAUUGCGUGCGAGUCGUACGGCAUGAAGAUUCUCAACUCGCUGCUGCAGGCGCACCACUGCGGCUGCGUGGCGCAGCACCAGAACCUGGACGGCGAGCGCUACGAGACGUGCCAAGGCUCGUUGAACGCGAUCUGGGACGUGGUCGCGGCGCGCCUCCCCGAGAUUCUAGCGUACCUGCGCUUGCCGGUGCCGCGCACGUUUACGCUCAAGCACGUGCAGAUUUUGUAUUUGCUGUACCCGAUCAUUCGCGUCGGGUGCAUCCAGCUCGACGUGGCCCUCAUGGCGUUUGACAUGGUCAACGUGCUUUUGGAUUUGAUCGCGCGCUUUCCACGGGCCAACAUUUUACACAGCGCGAUCUGCCGCCUCUUCAUCACGUGCCUCGAAGACGCGCCGACCCUCUUUGGCGAGGAGCUCCAGUCGCCGCGGACUGCGUCGGACCCGCUGCGGCUCUCGGCGCUGCUCGCGACCGACCGCGUCAUUGAUGGCUGCGACAACCGAAACGUGGCGUGCUACAAGGACAUUGCCAUGUCCUACGAUGAAUUUUUCGCGCAGAAACCCGUCGCUCCCGACGAAAUUGCGGGAAAAUGGACGGCCUUUGCCAGUACGCAGCUCGAGGCCAUUCGCCAGCGCUGGUCCAACGCGCCACUCGAAGUGUCGGCUGUCCGAAAGCACAAGGCGAGUGCAUUCGUCGAGCACGGCGACGUCGACGCGCUCUUGGCACUGACGCAGAAGGCCCCGACGUUCGCCGACAUUGACGCGCCGGUGCGCGCAGCCGCCGAGCCCCCGAGUACGAGUACGGCACCGUCGUUUUCGCCCCUCAACACGGAGGCGGUGAUGCGCCACGCGCUGGCAGGGGCCACCGAGAAAGGCAGUCCGCGCGUGGCACCACUGCCGUCCUUGCACCUCUCACUCUCGGAGCUGCACGGAAGCGACCAUGGUCGGCACCGCGACGUCGACCACGAGAGUCCAGCGUGCAAGCACCACAGCAGCCUCUCGGAGCCGUCGUCCCCUAGUAAAGACACGCCGCUGCAUGCGCUCUACAACCACGAAGAACACGCGAUCAUCCAAGGGUUAGGGUAAUCGGUGGAUGUGGAUUCCUAAGUUAGGCACUGGUCUUGGUCUCUUCUUCGUCGUC